UGUUACGAGAGUAUGAGUGAGUGAACCCUAAAUUUCACUCUCUCUCGCUCUCGAAAACUAUCUUCUUCUCCAGUGGGCGAAAUCCAUAUCCGCGAUUGAUAAACCACUGGAGAUCAUACUUACCCAAUACAAAGAGAGUCUGCGAUCCAAUCUCCACACCUACUCGAUUCAUCGGCUGUUGCUUUAUUAAACCCCCAAAUUGAUCCCCUUUUCUUCAAUUGAAAAAAGCCCCAAUUAAAACCCCUAAACCAGAUUAAACGAAUUUCACACGAAAUUGAUCCCUUUUCUUUAUAACAAAAAACCCAAUUGAAACCGUGAAAUCGUCCCUUCUUUUGUUGAAGCCGGCGACCAAGGUGGUGGCGGCACUGAAACGACGAGAAAGGAUUGAAAGUGGUUUAAGGUCAAGAAUAAUGGGUGCAGACAAUGAGUACUUGAGUUCUGACAGUGAUGUAGAAGAGGGCGGAGAUUUUGAGUUUUCUGAUGAUGAUUUAGAUGUACCCGAUGAUGUAGACGAGACACUUUAUGAUGAUGAAUGUGGAGAUUUUGAACGUUCUGAUGAUGAUUCAGAUGGGUCGGUUGAUGAUCCGCGAGAAAAGGUUUUUACGGUACUGACGGAGGAAGAUAUAGGUAAGCGACAGGAAGAAGAUAUUACACAGGUAUUUGCUGGGCUUUCUAUUGGAAGAGCAUCAGCAACCAUCUUGCUAAGGCACUAUAACUGGGAAGUUAAUAAAGCGCUGGACUCAUGGUUUGCGGAUGAAGAAAAAGUUCGCAAGGAUGUUGGCUUGUUAGAGGAGCAAGUAGUUCCAAUUCAAGACACGGAGAAUGUAAUCGAUUGUCGGACCUGCUUCGAUAAGUUCCCUCGCGAUGGCAUGCGUGCUACUGCUUGUGGUCAUCUCUUUUGUAAAUUGUGUUGGACGAAAUAUGUUAGCAUAAAGAUUGACGAUGGACCUGGCUGUUUAACAAUGCGAUGUCCUGAACCGUCUUGUGCUGCCGCUGUUGGUCAAGACAUGGUUAAUGAAUUAGUUUCUGAUAAACAUAAGGAGAAGUAUUCCCGUUACCUUUUAAGAUCUUAUGUAGAGGAUCAGAAAAAACUCAAAUGGUGCCCUGGUCCAGGAUGUGAGUAUGCUGUUUCCUUGGUUGCUGGUAGUUCAAGCUAUGAUGUUAUUUGCAGUAGCGAUCAUAGCUUUUGCUGGAAUUGUCUUGAUGAUGCACAUCGUCCGGUGGACUGUGGCACUGUUGGGAAGUGGGCCUUGAUGAACACUAACGAGUCUGAAAACAUAACUUGGAUAUUUGCUAACUCGAAAUCUUGUCCAAAGUGCAAAGUACCAAUUCAGAAAAAUGAGGGGUGUAUGCACAUGACAUGCUCUUGCAAAUUUGAGUUCUGCUGGCUCUGCCUUGGCGAUUGGUCGACUCACGCAGAGGGAACAGGUGGUUCUUUUGCGUGUAAUAUCUAUGAGAAAGCAAAAGCAGAAGGAGCAUAUGACGAGGAAGAAAAAACUAAACAAGAGGCAAAAGAUUUCUUGGACAGAUAUGCUUUUUUCUAUGAAAGAUUUGUAGAAAACCAGAAGUCAAGGCUAAAGGCUAUUGAAAGCUUGAAGAAAAUGCUCUCCGAGGAUUUAGCAAAGCUUAUCGACAGAUAUGCCUUGUCUGAAAUGGAGCUUGGGGUUAUUACAGAUGCUUGGCGACAGAUUAUCGAAUGUAGGCGUGUUCUAAAGUGGACUUAUGCCUAUGGAUACUACUUACCUGAUAGUGAACAUGCAAAACAGAACUUAUUUGGCCAUUUGCAAGGUGAAGCUGAGUCUGGGUUGGAAAGGCUCCAUCAGUGUGCAGAACAGGAAUUACAAAUAUAUCUCAAAGAAGAUGACUCAGAUGAUCUACACCAGCUGAGUACAUCUUUGUAUGGCUUCAAGGUUUUCCAUACAAAGCUACUUGGACUGACCAAAGUCACUGGGAAUUACUUUGGAAACCUGGUCCGUGCGCUAGAGAAUGGCCUUUCAGAUGUAAACUCACAAGAAUGGUGAAGAGGCUCAAAUUUUCAGAGGAAGGAAUUGCAGGAAGAAACAAGAGUUUUAUGAGUGUUGGUUUGAUUUUUUACUUUAUUUAUAUUUUUCGUGGAUCGGAAGUAUUUUAGGAAUUGUUUUGGGAAUACAAUUGUAUGGAGUUGUAAACGAUUUGUAUUAUGGGGAAUAUAUCUCCACACAAGUACUUUUAACAGUUUUGCAGGAAUCUUCGACCACUCAAUCGAUUCAUCCUUUAAGUUUUACCUUGUA